AUGUCGAAGCGAGGACGCGGAGGAUCAGCGGGUAACAAGUUUAAGAUGUCUCUGGGUCUUCCAGUGGCUGCGACGGUGAAUUGCACCGACAACACCGGGGUAAAGAACCUUUACAUCAUUUCAGUGAAGGGAAUGAAAGGUAGGCUCAACCGUCUCCCUUCUGAUUGCAUCGAUGACAUGGUUAUGGGCACCGUCAAGAAGGUUAAGCCCGAUCUCAGUCAGAAAGAAGGUCAUGCCCGCAGUCAUUGUCCGCUAGCGCAAGCCAUGGCGCCGAAAGAACGGUGUCUACAUGGGAAAAUGAAAGGUUCUGCAAUCAAUGGUCCCAUUGGAAAGGAGUGUGAUGAUCUUUGGCCUCGGAUUGCAAGUGCUGUCAAUGCGAUUGUUUAA